AUGUCGCCCUCUACUGCCGACCUAAGCAUAACAGCAGAUGAGCGGUACCUACAGUCGCUAAUCUACGGUCUAAUCAUCAGCACGGGGAUCCUAUCCAUGAUACUUUACACAAGAGUAUGCAUCAUCAAGGUGUUUGGAUUGGACGAUAUUGCUGUCUGUAUCGCAUUGGUUAUAACUCAAGCCUUUAAUGGUCUAGGAGUUGCCAUUGUAUAUUAUGGAGAAGGUAAACACUUCAGCAAGGUGUCUCCUGAAGAUCGAGCAAUGUGGCUCAAGAUAGCUCCUUUGUUGCUGAGCACGCUGUUGACCUUGGAAAAAGCUGUACUACGUGGCGAUGUGCAUCUACCUUUACGCCUCCUUGUCCGUCAAACUCAGCUUGUUGUUAUUCCUUCGACGGAUCUUCGUCAAACGGCUACCUAUGACUUGUCUAUCACAAAUCCGACAUGUUACUCACAAUUUAAGCUAUUUCAGAUCACAUUAUAUCAGGCGGUUCUUAUCUUCGUUUGCGAUGUCAUCAUCCUGAUUGCACCACUGGUUGUUCUAUGCGGACUACAAUUGCCUACGAGAAAGGUCAUUGCUUUGAUGCUAAUCUUUGGGUCAGGUCUGUACACACCGCGUUAUAAGAAAGCUUUAGAAAUACUCAUUUUAACCUCAGGUAUAAUCGCUUGUAUCUCUCCCGUCGUCCGUUUCAGCACAUUGGAUUAUCUGCGCUAUGGCACAGCAGAUCUUACAUACGACUCAGCAUCAUCCCUAUACUGGAUGGCCAUUGAGUUCAAUUUGGGCCUUGUCGCAGGCUCUCUCUCUUCUCUGAAACCGUUGCCUAUUUUCCGCCGAUUCGGAUCCACCAUAAACUCGGGAGACAAGGCAUCGACCGGCGCUAAGUCCCACGAGCUUUUCAAUAUGGAAAGCAGCGAGCCCGCGAUUCCUAAGAAAAGAAAGAUCAGUAUGGGAAUGGGAACGACAAUACUGCAGGACACUGUUAAUGAAAGCCAAGAGAACAUUAUUCAUGCGACAAACGGAGACUACGGGCAACGACGUGCUGAAUGUUGA